AUGCGGGGGCGCGGACUCCUGCCCAUCGUGCCGGGGGCGUGGGGCGUCGUGUUCGUGCCGAUCACGAGCGCAGAGCCGGAGCUGUGGGAACUGGAGCUGCGGGGCCUCGACGCGCUGUUGCACAAGCCAACGGACGACAUGGUGGCGACGCUCGACGGCGGGGACCGCGGCGGGCAGCUGCGUGUUGAUUUCUCGCAGGCAUCGCUGCAACUGGCAGAGACGGCCCACCGCUUGGACAUCGCGGUCAUCGACGACAUCGCCGCUCUGCGCGUCGUUUCCGAUAGGUGGACGACCCACGCGGCGCUCGCGGACCUCGGCGAGGCGACGACGUUCGACGGCCGCCGGAUUCAAGUCCCUCGCGCCGUGCUGCUGCCGGACCUCUCGCCUGCGUCGGUCCAGACCAUCACACACGUCUCCUUCCCCUGCAUACUGAAACCCCGCGUCGCCUGCGGCCCCGACGCUGCCCACGAGCUCGCGAUCGUACCGUCCGAAGCAGCAGCCCUGGCAGCCGGAGGGGGCCCGGUGCCGCUCCCGUGCGUCGCCCAGCAGUACGUGCGGCACCGCGGCACUGUCCACAAAGUCUACUGCGGCGUCGUGCCGGACAAGGACGGCUCACCGGCGUGCCGCAUCGCGGUGCAGCCUCGGAUGUCUUCGCCGCCGGCCGAGUCCGUGGAGCAGGGGGCCGUGUUGCGAUUCCACAGCCUGAGAGACAUGCCGAAAGGGGAGGUAGUGCAGGAGGGGGGUCUGGACGAGGAGCUGUGCGUGAUCGCGGCUCGGAGGCUGGCGCAGCGCCUGCAGCUGCGGCUGUUUGGGUUCGACGUAGUGGUCGAGGACGGCGGCGCGCACUUCAUCGUCGAUGUCAACUUCCUGCCGUCACUCAAGGGGGUGCACGGGGCCGCGGAGAUCGUGGACGGCGCGGUGGCCCUCGCCAUCAGGGAACACGAACAGCGCAAGAGAGCGCGCGACGGCCCGUGA